AUGGCCAAAGGCCCUGGUUAUCCUGUAGUGCCGGCCGAGGCAAACGAGGAGGAGGAGGAAGAGGCAGCAGUAGCGACUGAACUGCCUUCUCCAGCACCCAUGGAGGGCGUCGUUGAGGCUGGUCUUGCGGGAGCAGCCAUCCAG